AUGAGGGCGGAUGGACGCGCUGUGAUUGGCGCCGACACCAGCUGCGGUCUCCCGUUGGUGGAGAAGCUAUCAUUCAUUAUGUCCCGCCCCCGAAGGCCCGUCCCAGCUGGCGGCGCGUUCCCGACGGCCAGCCGGCUCGCGCGCUCAUUGGCCGUGUCGAACUGUCUGUCCCCCAACCGGAUCUCAUUGGCCUGCGGCGCCGCCACUCGUCGAGACGCGCCUCAACCCGGAAGUGUGCGAGGCGAAAUCUGCCUAGCAACCGGGGAAGCCGGGCUGCGAAGCGGGCAAUUUCAGUGUGAGACGGAGCGGCGAGACCGAGCGGCGGCUCGGGGAGCGCGGCGCGGCAGCUCCUUCCGCCUGGGGUCAGCGCCCCGGCGCGCGCACGCGCACCUCGCCGCUCCAGCGCGCCCCGCGUCGCCCGCCCGCCCGCCCGCGCAGUCGGUCGGUCUGCCGUCCGUCGUCCCGUCGCCGCCGCCGCCGCCGCAGGCGCCACCUGAGGGAACCUCCGCGGCGGGGCGCGACCGCUCCGGACCCGGCCUCGCGGCCCCCGGCCGGCCCGCGGCCCCGCCGCCCGGCCGCCGAGCAACUUCGGUGAGUGAGGGACGGACGGACGGACGGACGGACGGGCCGAGGGGAGGAGUGCGGCCGCGCCGCGGGCGGGGGUCCCGGCUUCCGGUGGCCGGGCUCCCGCGGGCUUCCGCCUCCCCGCGGUGGGGCGCCGCGGUGGGCUCGGGCCGGACCCCGUCCGCGGGACGCCGCCCCCGGGCCCGCGGAACCCCCGGACCCCGUCCCCGGACCCCCCGCCCCCGCCCCCCGGGCCGGACCCCCCGCCCCCGGGCCCCCCGUCCCCCGGGCCCCCCGGCCCCGGACCCCCCGCCCCCGGGCCCCCCGUCCCCCGGGCCCCCCGGCCCCGGACCCCCCGCCCCCCGGGCCCCCCGGCCCCCGCCCCCGGGCCGGACCCCCGCCCCCGGGCCCCCCGUCCCCCGGGCCCCCCGGCCCCGGACCCCCCGUCCCCCGGCCCCCCCGGCCCCGGGCCCCCCGUCUCCCGGCCCCCCCGGCCCCGGACCCCCCCGUCCCCCGGCCCCCCCGGCCCCGGGCCCCCCGUCCCCGGGCCCCCCGGCCCCGGCCCCCCCGUCCCCCGGACCCCCCGUCCCCCGGCCCCCCCCGGCCCCGGGCCCCCCGUCCCCGGGCCCCCCGGCCCCGGCCCCCCCGGCCCCCGGGCCCCCCGUCCCCGGACCCCCCGGCCCCGGCCCCCCCGCCCCCCGGGCCCCCCGUCCCCGGACCCCCCGUCCCCGGGCCCCCCGUCCCCGGCCCCCGCCCCCGGGCCGGACCCCCCGCCCCCGGGCCCCCCGUCCCCCGGGCCCCCCGUCCCCGGCCCCCCCGCCCCCCGGGCCCCCCGUCCCCCGGACCCCCCGGCCCCGGACCCCCCCGUCCCCGGGCCCCCCGUCCCCGGGCCCCCCGUCCCCCGGACCCCCCGGCCCCGGACCCCCCGGCCCCCGGACCCCCCGGCCCCCGGACCCCCCGGCCCCGGCCCCCCCGCCCCCCGGGCCCCCCGUCCCCCGGACCCCCCGGCCCCGGACCCCCCCGUCCCCGGGCCCCCCGUCCCCGGGCCCCCCGUCCCCCGGACCCCCCGGCCCCGGACCCCCCGGCCCCCGGACCCCCCGGCCCCCGGACCCCCCGGCCCCGGACCCCCCCCGUCCCCGGGCCCCCCCGUCCCCGGGCCCCCCGUCCCCCGGACCCCCCGGCCCCGGACCCCCCGGCCCCCGGACCCCCCGGCCCCCGGACCCCCCGGCCCCGGCCCCCCCGCCCCCCGGGCCCCCCCGUCCCCCGGACCCCCCGUCCCCGGGCCCCCCGUCCCCGGGCCCCCCGUCCCCGGACCCCCCGUCCCCGGACCCCCCGGGCCCCCCGUCCCCGGGCCCCCCGUCCCCGGACCCCCCGGCCCCCGGGCCCCCGGACCCCCCGGCCCCGGACCCCCCGGCCCCGGCCCCCCCGGCCCCCGGGCCCCCCGGCCCCCGUCCCCCGACACCCGGGUCCCCCGACACCCGGGUCCCCCGACACCCAGGCCCCCUGCCCCCCGUCCCCUGGGCCCCCGUCCCUGGGCCCCCCGUCCCCUGGUCCCCCGUCCCCUGGUCCCCCGUCCCCUGGUCCCCCGUCCCUGGGCCCCCCGUCCCCUGGUCCCCCCGUCCCCUGGUCCCCCGUCUCCUGGGCCCCCGUCCCUGGGCCCCCCGUCCCCUGGUCCCCCGUCCCCUGGUCCCCCCGUCCCCUGGUCCCCCGUCUCCUGGGCCCCCGUCCCUGGGCCCCCCGUCCCCUGGUCCCCCGUCCCUGGGCCCCCCGUCCCCUGGUCCCCCGUCCCCUGGUCCCCCGUCCCUGGGCCCCCCGGACCCGGGCCCCCGACACCCCCACGGGGCCACCCUAGGCCAGUGUGGAGGUCAGGACCAGGCCGCAACAUUGUCUCCCCAUUAUCACACUGCCAGGCUGUGGGAGGAACCCACUUCCUGUCCCCUGCGCCUCAGCCCUCCUGGUGUCGUGUAA